AUGACGCCACCAACGACUGGCCUGCAUGGCCUCCGCCCCCGCGUACCGAAAGUGCAAGACGCCGACCCCGACACCGACACCGAUAUGUAUCUUGAGAUGCGAACGUUCAUGUCCCACGUGCCGACCUGCGAUACCGGAACACUAUCCGCCAUCACCGCCCAUACCCAACAGUUUAUCACCGCUGUGCCCCCGCAGAUAGAGCCUGAAGCACGAGUUGCUAUUGCUAGACAGGUUCCUCUCAUCAGGCACGCCGGAAAAGAGGCGACCAAAGGCCUACCUACUGACGAGGCUGCGAGCGUCAAGAAACAUUCCAACAGCCUAAUGAAAUCCGCCAAUACACACAAAGUCCACCAACAUUACGUCGACUUCUUGGACAGGGCUUGGGGUUCUCGGGAAGCCUGGCUCCCGUCUUCAUAUUGCAAGGCCCAGAACUCUCGAGGUGAGACGCCCGGGAACAACAUCAUAUCGUACAUCAGGCGAAUCACCCAAAGCGCCCUCCACCACCAGAUCCCCCUCGCAUCACUGUGGGCCGACGGUGGCGUACUGAGGGACGCGGCAAACAAGAGGAACCCGCCCAAAAUCAUCGCUAAAAUACUGGCAGAGGCCUCCAAAGCCUAUGAGGAGCAGUAUCCCAUCCCCAAGCGAGGACGGACAGCACGCUCCGUGGGAGACACGGCCGAGCACGAACCGGAAGCACCAGAAACACCAGAGGUAGCCCGGUCUACAAGAGACAUGGCCGAGCAAACACCAGAAGCACCAGAAACACUAGAGGAACGCGGUCCCGAACCAGACACCCCUGCAACAGGACAAGCCAAUCCCCAAAGCACGACGCCAACCCGGCCGCCCCCCGACAAUUCCAACAGCUUGGAGCUUUCCCCUCAGUUAGCCCUCGGCGCUAAUAGCUCUGUCGUCGCGUCAGAGAGUUUCGAUGACACGCAGGAUCCGUUUCCAGUACUAAUCACGAAUGACGACGAUGACGGCAAGAUGAUUGCAGAGUCCUUGCCCCUCUCCUCAGACUCGUCAGACUCCUUCGAAGUGUUGGACCUGGGACCGAGUGUUGAUCAGCGCGUGCGUAGACGAGGCACAAUUUACUCCAGCAACGUCCAUGUUUUGGGUAGCGACGACAGCCCACAUGGUUCUCCGGCUGCUGCACAUGCUCGGCCACAAGUCUGGGCGCCAGCAGACGGCAUGUCCAACGCCGCACUCCAACUGGCGUCGUCCGACGCCAUGCUGCAGGGUGACACGCUGUGGAUCCUUGUCAAGGCCAUCUCGUCGCACGCGCAGCAUCUUCUCACAAGCCGGUCGAUACAGAUCAUUGACCCCCUCGGAAUCGAGAUACCCACUUCUGGCGAGACUCGCUCCCGUCUUCACCGUCUGCAGCAGUUCAGAACUACCCUGACAUACGUCCACCACGCAACAGAUCAUUGGUCAUUGGCACAGGUCACCGUGCACAGAAAUGAAAAUGACGGACUGCGCAUUCGAGUCAGCCAUUACGAUUCCGCCAGCCAGGUUGCGGCGACUGAUCGAGUGAGGAAGGCAUUCUCAUCGAUAGUAUCACAAGAAGCCCCUGGUUCCAGCUUCGAGUUUGAAGCAAUGGAAUGCCCCCAGCAGGAGGAUUGUUAUAGCUGUGGCAUCUUUGCGACAGUCUUUCUCACUCAUCUUAUUCAUGGAACAGAGAUGCCCCAUUCCAUCGACCCGCAACAAGAGAGGCGCCAGUUCCAGAAGCUUUUGGGGGAUUUUGAACGACAGACCGCUGACGCGAGCAACGCGAGCAUCGACCUCACGCGCAAGUCUCUCGACAAGGUCACGGGCGGGUCACACGCCAGGCCGGACGAAAAGUCAAGGUCUA